CAUAAGAAAUUCAGUCAGCUUGCCUCUGACAAUCGUUCGGCACGAGGCAAAUAAAAUGAUUUCAAAUUAAAACCUUCACGAAUUCUACAUGCAUGAAAAUUGGAUCGAAAUUCCAGGCAAUCCAUUGUGAUCUGGCAACUUCCGCGAGCCGCCUGUCAACCCUGUCCCGUGCGAUUUGUGCUGCACAUUGUUCUUAAGCAACCCAGCCGGAAAAGCCGUUUCAGUGGGCUAUCCCUUCUUCUAUAUGCGCUUCAGAUGUGAGACACCCCGACACUCGAGGCUGUGUUUCAGGCAAUAGGGAUCAUCUGAGUGACCACGCGAACUCGAACCGCGAAUCUGAACGAGAGCACUCCAUUCCGCAGUCCCGCAUUCCGCAGUCCGCGUUCCCCAUUCUGCAGUCCGCACACCACACACCGCACACGCACACAGGCAGCUCUUCUAAUCUCGGAAACGUUGUCUGGCUGGCUGGCUCCAAAGAGGAGUGGCACGCGGGGAUCGAGGCGAUCGAGGCUUGGCGAGAUUCGGGUUUCCAGCGGCGGGCAGCAGAGGAAGGCAGAGGCAUAGCCUGUUAGACGCCAUCGAUGGCCCAGCACCACGGAGGCACCGAGGCCCUGGCCGCCGAACUGGCCACCGCCGUUGACCUGAUCAUGCAUCCACUGACCCAGCAGCAGGCGCGCCUGGAGGCGUACAUGGCCUGCGAGCGGUUCAAGGAGGAGUCGCCGCUGUGCGCCCAGGUGGGCCUGUUCCUGGCCAGCUCGCCGCAGUCCAACCAGCAGGUGCGCCACUUCGGGCUGCAGCUGAUCGAGUACACAAUCAAGUUCCGCUGGAACUGCAUCACGCACGAGGAGAAGGUGUACAUCAAGGACAAUGCCAUCAAGAUGCUGAACGUGGGCGUGGGCCCGGCGGAGGACCGCUCGCUGCUGCCCACAAAGAAUGCGCUCUCGCGCAUCAUCGUCGAGAUGAUCAAGCGCGAGUGGCCGCAGCAGUGGUCCGACCUGCUGCCGGAGCUGAGCCAGGCCUGCACCAAGGGCGAGGCCCAAACGGAACUGGUGCUGCUCGUCUUCCUGCGCCUGGUGGAGGACGUGGCCCUGCUGCAGACGAUCGAGUCCAAUCAGCGGCGCAAGGACAUGUACCAGGCGCUGAACAACAACAUGAACGACAUAUUCGAGUUCUUCCUGCGCCUGGUGGAGCAGCAUGUGACCGCGUUCCGCGAGACAACGCGACAGGGCCACUUCACCAAGGCCAAUGCGCACAGCCGGGUGGUCGAGAUGGUCCUGCUCACGCUGAGCGGCUUCGUCGAGUGGGUCAGCAUCCAGCACAUCAUGUCCAGCAACGGCAAGCUGAUGCACUUCCUCUGCAUCCUGCUCAACGACAAAGCAUUCCAGUGCAACGCGGCCGAGUGCCUGGCCCAGAUCACGAACCGCAAGGGUCAGGCCAAGGAGCGCAAGCCGCUGCUGCAGCUGUUCAAUGAGGAGCCGCUGCGCUACAUCUACCAGGCCAGCCAGAUCCCGCCCGACUCCGGCUCGGCCCUGGCCGUCGAGCAGCACCACAACUUCCUGAAGAAGCUGCUGCAGGUGCUGAACGGCAUGGCCCAGCAGCUGGUGGCGCUCUGGGGCAAGGACGAUGCCACGCAGCGACCGGUGCAUUUGGAGGUGCUGCUCGAGUGCCUGCUGCUGCUCGUCCAGCACCAAUCGCUAACCGUCUCGCACGGAUCGGCGCUCAUCUGGCAGCUGCUGCUCAAGCAUGAGCCCUGCUCCAAGGACUUCGCCACGGUCAACUACAUUCCCAAGCUAAUCCACACGAUUGCGCCGCGGAUCGUGAAGCUGCCAUAUCCUGCCGCCACCAGCUCGCCUGCCAGCCUCUCCACGGAGGCGUACAUUCGCCUCGAGUACGACAGCGAGGAGGAGUUCGCGCUCUACUUCUUCCGCUGCCGCACCGACUUCCUCGAGAUCUUCCGCCUGGCCACGCUGGUGCAGCCGCUGGUCACCUACGGCUACUGCGAGCAGUGGCUGCAGCAGCGCCUGCGCAACGCGGUGGCCGAAGCGGACGCGGAGGUCAAGAGCGGCACCGUGUCGUGCAGCGUGCUGGAUCCCGUCUACCUGGAAUGGGAUGCCCUGGUCAGUGUGCUCGACGGCGUCCUUAGUCGCAUCCUGCUCGUCGCGGAGCGUCCGUCGGUGCCGGCGGGACUGCGGCUGCUGGAGGAGUGCCUCAAGCUAGAGACAAUCAACCCACUCAUCUACUCGAUCCUGCUCUCCUGCAUCUCGGCCCUGUUCGUCUUUCUCAGCAUGUCCGCCUGCCAGAUAACGGCCACCAACUGUGUGGCGAUGAGCGGCGUGAGUCUGCUGCCCCGGGUGCUGGACAAGAUUUUCCGGGCGCUUGUGCUGAAGCCGCCCAACGAGCUGGAGAAGGUGCAGGCCAAGUCGGCCAAGAAUCUGCGUCGCCACGCCGCCUCGCUGCUGGUGAAGCUGGCCCACAAGUAUCCGCUGCUGUUGCUGCCCGUCUUCGAGCAGAUCAACGGUCACGUGGAGCUGCUGCUGAAGGAGCCCGGCCAGCAUCAACUGUGCCGCCUGAUGCGCACCACCCUGCAGGAGGCGUUGAUUCUCAUCUCGAACCACUUCUGCGACUUUGAGCGCCAGACGCUCUUCAUCGAGCACAUCGUGCAGGACAAGCGGACUGAGUGGCUGGCCUUCGGCGAUGCGCUCAAGUCGCCGCUGGCCUUCAUGAGCUUCGUGGGCCUGGACAAGCCGCCCAUCUUCGCCGUGGAGGGUGCCGUCACGCUCCAGAACCGCUCGCGCCUCCUGGACGCCCUGCAUGUGGUGCUGGGCGUGGUGAAGCGCUGCACCUGGCCCGACGAUCCCGAUCGCGCCCAGCGCGGCGGCUUCGUCAUCGGCUGCACGGAGCUGGGCAACCCCAUCUGCCGGAAUCCGGCCACUAAGCACGUGGUGCCGCUGCUCUCGCACGUCCUCAGCCUGAUGCGUGUGCUCAACGAGCUGUUCGCCCCCGAGGCGCUGCAGGCCCUCUCCGAGGGAUACCGCGGCAUCCACGGCAUGCUGGAGCACGAGAAGAAGCUGCUGAUGGGCAUCUGCGCCCUGCCCACCGAUCCGCUGGACACCACCAUUCGCAGCGAGCCGACGGCCUUCGAGAAGAUGCAGACCUUCAUGAUGAUGGUCACCGAGGGAUGCUAUCAUCUGAUGGGUUCCGCCGGCCCCUCGCUGGGUCGCGAUCUGUACCAGCUGCUGGGUUUGGCCGACGCCAUCGUGACGAAUGUGUUCAGCCGCAUGGACCUGGUGCCCGACUACCGACUGCGCCCCAUCAUCCGGGUCUUCUUCAAGCCCUUUGUCUACUCGUGCCCGCCCAGCUUCUACGACAGCGUCCUAGUGCCGCUCUUCGCCCACCUGGCACCGUUGAUGUGCGAGCGGUUGACGCGCCGCUGGCUCUACAUCGCCUCGCUCUACGAGAGCGGGCAGCUCAAUGGCGAGGUCAACGACACGCAGGAGGUGCUGGAGGAUCAGCUCAAUCGCACACUGACGCGUGAGUAUCUGGACGUGCUGAAGAUCGCGCUGGUCGGCGGCCAGAUUGGGGCCGAUCAUGUGGCCGCGGGCGCCAAUGCCAACAGCAACUCGGUGGCCAUGGAGAACGAGGAGCACUCGAUGGACAGUGCGCCACAAUCGCGGGCCAGCCAGUCGGCCCUGCUCUCCGACAUCAUCAGCGACUUGGGCGGCAAGCUGCUGCGCAACGGACUCAUCGGCAACUAUGUGCUGAUGACCUUGUUGAAGGCCAUCGCCUGGAACGACGGCAUGUGCAGCAUGAAGGCGGUGAAUAUAGCGGCGCCCGUGAUGCGCUUCCUGGCCGCCGAGAAGCUGAUGGACGAGAACAAAGCGGUGACGGCCUUCACUGCCGUGCUGCAGGGCAUGCAGGUGCAUGGCCAGCAUGAGGCCAAUCAGUCCGGUCUCGUCACCCUGGGCGUGCAGUUCUACGAGCUGCUGCGGCCCCAGUUCCCCAUCCUCAGCGAAGUGCUGCAGCAUAUACCCAGCGUGAAUGCGGCCGACAUCCAGAAGUUCGACGAGAAGAUCGCCGUGGCGCCCAUCAAAGGCAACAAGGUGGACCGCGCCAAGAAGGACAUAUUCAAGAAGCUCACCGCCCAGCUGGUCGGACGUAGCGUCAACCAGUUGUUCCGGCACGAGGUGCAGAUCGCCAAUCUGCCGCCCAUGCAGUCGCACAAGGCCAAGGGAGCCAUGGGCACCACCGCCGCCGACAUCAUGGAUAGCAAUCAGAACGCCAGUCUUGCCCGUCUCUUUGGCCCGGAGAAGUGACAGGAGGGACCGCAACAGAAGCAGGAUCAGGAGCAGCAGCAGAAUCAGCAGCAGCAGAAGCAGGAACACAAAUACAAACACACACUGAAAAAGAAAUGGAAACCGAGGAAGAGCAGGAGGAGCGAUCCGGACCCGGUCUUGGUCGAGGACCAGGAUCAGGAGGGUCAAGGGGAUCACGUCGAGACCACGGCCACCUCAGCUGCCAAACUAGCGACGACUGAACUUAAAGUAAUUGUAAACUAGCUUAGACGAUGAGCCAUCUCACGUCCACGCCCACGCCUAUGCCCAUGACCCAGAUCCCAGUUCCCCAGUUACCCAAAUCCCCAGUUACCCAGUUGCCCAGUUGCUCAGUCGCAGUUGCAAUCAGAUCUUAAAGUUAUUAAUUUAUUUAUUUUACAAAUUAAUUUAACACCCGGCACGUAACAGUUUUUUUUUUUCAAUUAGUCUCCCGCGGCCAUCGCCUUGUUUCGAUCCGAAAACCAUUUCCCCCGACUCGCGACUUGUUACUGCUUUGUUAUUUAUUAUUCGAAAUUUUUGUUAAACUUGUUUGCACAAAGAGGAAGUGGAACAUAUAAAAUUGUCAAUACUCUCCCUCCGACCCUGAAUCGGCCCAGUCCUAAUCCCAGUCCAAUCCCUUGGCCCCGCAGCAAUGCCCGAAGUCCUUUUUAUACAUACAUAGUUAAUUAACUAAAUAAUGAAUUGUGCUUUUCCCGGUUUUGUACAGUUACCUAUGCGCAGGCAUACUGUAAUUUAUAUAUAUGUACACAUUUAUCCUUUGGAGAAACAUUUCUGAAAUUACGCUUAGGCUUAGUUGAUAGGCAACGAGUUAUUAUUAUAUAAUACAUCAAUCUGUAUAUGAACACACAUCCCGCAUCGCAUAUGCAUUACCCCCCCAAAAAAAAAUAAAACACACAUCGGGAUUCUAAGAAUUAUAGUUGCGUGAGUAUGUAAUAUUCAAACUGAAAUUAUGUACUACUUAUUUAUAACUAAAUGAAAUCGAAGCGGAAUAAUUCGCAAAAACACAAAAUCGAAAUAAGUUAAUAAAUCGGAAAUAAAUUUACAAAUUCAAAUUGA